UUGAAAUUAAGGAAAAAAGAAAAGAAAAAGGAAAUUAGAGAGAGGAGAGGAGAGGAGAGGAGAAGAGAGGAGCUAACAAGCCUGAGCCACCCUCCUCUUUCCAUAUCUUCUCCUUCCCAUCUACACGGUUUCUUUAAAAUAUUACAAGUGGACUUGCAAAGUGUGGAGGAAGAAGCUCUGGAGUGGGAAAUGGCUGGGGUUGUGAAUGAGGACGCUGGAGUUGGAAGGUCUUCUGGGGGGAUUUCAAGUGGGCAGCGCUGCCAAUCAGGAGAAGCAUUGGCAGAAUGGCGGUCUUCUGAGCAGGUGGAAAAUGGAACGCCAUCCACUUCGCCUCCCUACUGGGACACUGAUGACGAUGAUGAUGGUGGGCCAAAGCCUUCGGAAUUAUUUGGAAAAUAUACAUGGAAGAUAGAGAAAUUUUCACAGAUUAAUAAAAGAGAACUUCGCAGUAGUGCAUUUGAGGUUGGCGGCUAUAAAUGGUACAUCUUAAUUUAUCCACAAGGUUGUGACGUUUGCAACCAUCUUUCCCUGUUUCUGUGUGUUGCAAAUCAUGAUAAACUGCUUCCAGGCUGGAGUCAUUUUGCACAAUUCACAAUAGCUGUGGUGAAUAAAGAUCCGAAGAAAUCCAAAUAUUCAGAUACUCUACAUCGGUUCUGGAAGAAAGAGCAUGACUGGGGAUGGAAAAAAUUUAUGGAGCUAUCCAAAGUAUUUGAUGGUUUCAUAGAUGCUGACACUCUUAUAAUAAAAGCUCAAGUUCAAGUCAUCAGGGAGAAAGCAGACAGGCCAUUUCGUUGCCUUGACUGUCAGUAUAGGAGGGAACUUGUUAGAGUAUAUUUGACAAAUGUAGAGCAAAUUUGCCGCCGUUUUGUGGAGGAGAGACGAAGCAAACUUGGGAGGUUGAUAGAGGAUAAAGCUAGGUGGUCAAGGUAUUGUAACCAUUUUCUUUAA